GCACCUGCGGAGACGACCCUUGUCCACCAUGAAUAUCUGCAUCGUGUUAAUAUCAACCAUCGCCUUGCUAAGUUACCUGAAUCAAGUCAACUGUGCCGGUGGUCAUGGGAAACCUGAAGCUGGACCCACGAAAUGGAAAGGAUAUCGUACUGGGCCAAGAAUACGCAUAAGGGAACACCGUACCGACAUCAGACCUGGACAUGACAAAGGCAAUCACGGAGACUACGGAAUAAAACAUAGCAUUGAUCACGGUGAUUCUGAGAGUAAUAUCGGGUCUGUUAAUGUCUUCACAACUGGACAAGUGAUUGCGUACAGAAAGAAGGAAGAGAAAUACGGUCAAGGCCCUACGCUUUUCCAGCUCUAUAGCCAAGGUGGACACGCUGGAACACCCACAAAACCUCAAGGAAAUGGUUACACAAAACAAGGUGGCGGUGGACAUGAGAACAAUGACUUGGCAGGAUAUUCCACUGAGAAUGUCAAUAACUACCAUUCUGCACACCAUGGGGAGUAUGUCACCGACUAUAACCAGAGACAUGGGGAAAAUCAUGGUAGUGAGUAUGGUAGUACUUAUAGUAAAGGAUAUGGUAAAAAGUAUGGUAACCAGUAUGACGACACUCACAACCACGGCUGUAGUAAUGGUUACAAACACAAUGGUAACGGUCGUGAACAUUAUCAUGGGUAUGGUAGUGGUUAUGGGUCAGCUCCUAUCAAGGGACACGUGUCGACACAUGGCAGGAUACCUCAUGGUUAUAGUUGUGGGGGUUAUUGGAAGGGAAUACCAAGUGGACAUGGUAAGGGAUAUGGUAGUGGCUCUAAUCACGGUCACGAAAGUUUUGGACAUGGUGGUGGCUAUGGUCAGGGACAUGAGGGCAUUGAACAUGGUGGUGGAUAUGGUAAGGAAACCAGCGGUGUUGGACAUGGCAGUAGUUAUAGUCAAGGUUACGGUGGUGUUGGACAUGGUGGUGGUUAUGGCAGGGAUAUUGGAAAUAGUCAGGUAAAAGGAAAUGGUUGGGAUACAGGAUAUGGUAGCAGCUACGGUACGGAAUAUGAGUAUGAUGGUGGACAUGGUAGCAGCUAUAGCACUGGAUAUGGGUAUAGUGAUAGUAAUAAUGAGUUUGGUAAUGGCUACGGUAGAGAAAGUGGAUAUGGCGGUGACACUGGACAUGGUGGUGGAUAUGGUUCACGGAUAUGAGGUUGAUAAUUAUAUUUAAGUGUCGCAGAAGUGGCUACGGGCAUGGUACCAGCAACGUAGGACAUGGUAGUCAUUUCUGUAUUGGAAAUGGCCAUGGUGUUAAUGCCGGUUUUGGUAAAGACUACGUUACUUGAAAUGGGCAUACCAGCAGUGUUAUAUAGCUUACCAUCUUUAGCAUUACUAAAGGACAUGGGGAUAAAAUCAACUCUUGGAGACAGUUAAAGACUCGUUAAAGGUCACAGUAACUAUAUCAUGGCUGAAUAUGAUGCUUGUUAUAGUGACACAGAUGACUUUAAUUUUGGACAUGGUGCUUGACCAGAUAUGAUAAUAUGGGUAAUGGUCAUUUGGAUAUAUUGAUCAUGUUGAUAAGGAAGUGUGUGUGUGUGUGUGUGUGUGUGUGAGUUCUAUGUCAAAGGUCAAAGAAAUGGUCUUUGGCCUUAAUUAGAGAAUAUGAGUAAUGUGAAUUUUUCUACACCCCCACACUUCCCUCACCACCACUACCUCACACCACCCACCCCUUCCUUACA